AUGAGCCAAGCAACAAGUCAGCAAUUCAAUAAUAUUGCACCAUCGCCAGCAUCAGAAUCAGAAUCGGCAUCAUCAUUGCUGAGGAAUGUCAUGGAACCAUCUGAUGGUCAGAAUGUAGAAGCUUCCACCAAUGAUAACUUAACAACUCUACCAAUAAGCGGAGGGGAAGAAACCCUUACCAAUGAUACUUGUUCAAAUGUAAACUAUCAACCACCACCACCAACAACAACAAUCACAUCAACAAUUCAAUCAAAAGAUAACAACACUCUUGAGAAUAUACCACCAUCGAUACAAAUGAAUAUUAAUAAGACUAAUAAUAAUAUCAUGCUGAUGAGUGCAAGUAAUAAUAACAAUCAAUCGGUGAUACUUUCAAUGCUGAAUAGAAAUAAUACAUCCUCCAUCAAUCAGAAUGGAGAGGAUAACAAUAAUUUACAACAAACAAUCAUAACCACCACCACUAGUACAUCAUCACCAUCAUUGAAUAAUAAUUAUUCCCUCCUUCCAUCUUCUAAUAAUAUGAUAUCCAUUCAACAACAACAAUCAAAGACAACAUUGAUGUCAUCCAAUAAUAAUAACAAUGGAAUGAAUACAACUCUAGUGUUCCAUAAUUUCAACAAACAAGGAGGAAAUGAUUCUCAACAAGUCUUUGAACCACAACAUCAACAACGAAUUCAACAACAAUCAAUUGGUAAUAACACUAUUACAACUACUACCAUUUCGGAACAGGUAAUGAUAAAUAAUCAACCACUGGUUUUUGUUGAACAAGUCAAUCAAUCGUCUCCCAUGCAACCAGGUCAAUCCAAGAAGAAGAACAACAAACCAAAAGAAUCAAACAUUCCAAACAAUUUUACAUUUCAUAAUUUUGCAAAUCCACAACCACAACAACCAAUUCAAUCUUCUCCACCAAUGAUGUCAACAAUUAAUUUAUCAGAACAGCAAACAGUGCAACAACCAAAUGUAACAUCACUGAAAAAAACAAACAAUACUAAAUUUACAAACUAUCAACCUUCCACUAAUCAGUCACAAACAAUUCAAUUUUCAAAUUAUGAACCAAUUAAGGCACAACCGUCCACUCAAAUUGUAAAUAAUAAUAAUCAAACUAAUGCUACUAAGAAUAUUACUCAUCAAUUCCACGUUUCUCAACCUCCUUUAGGUCAAUUCAAAAUUACUGACUAUUCCAAUAAUUAUGCACAACCAUUAUCACACAUUGAUUACAUGCCAUCCAAUCAAAUAAUGAUGAAGAAUAGCGAUUCACCAAAUCCAAAAAAGAGAAACAGCACAGGAAAUAAUGUAGAAGGUUCAGCUGCCAAGGUUAGCAAAUCAUCUAAAUCUAUUGUAACUAGCAAUUUCCCAACCUUUACAAAUUCUGAUUUUGAAGGUUGUGUUCCAAGUAAUACUCUAUCAAUUCAACAACAACAAUCGAAUAGUCAGCAAUCAUCACUUUCCAAUAAGAAUGUCUCAGCAGCAACAGGUACCACUGCUAACAAUGUUGCAAAUUCAACACAACAGGAAAGAAAACCUGCAACAACAAUACAGAUUGUUAGUGGUACUGCUCCUCCUGUUUGGACGAACAAUAAUUCACAACCCAUUCAAAUUGUUGCAAACUAUCCAUCCGUUAAUUCUGCUGAACAAUCUCCUAAGAAAUCAAACAUGCAUUCGGCUAGUAUUUCUUCCUCUUCUUGGACUUUCCACUCAUUUGACCAGACAGAACAACCUAUUAAGGAUCAAUCAACAGGUUUGACUUUUCAUUCUUUCAAUCCCAAAAAGAAAUAAACCAACAGUUCUGUAAUGAAAUA